AUGUCACAGGCCACUAAAGCGGAGCAUAUCCUAGACCUCGUUUCAAUCACGAGUAUUGUCCAGUUUAUCAAGAGAGACUGGACUGGACCCGUUCUUGAUAUUCCGCGAAACGGAAAUGAGCAUCCGUCAUUGACUGGCUUCUUAGUUGGUCGAAAAUGGAAUGCAAACUGGGAAUCUUGGGGAUCACUACUUCUGUCCUAUCUCUCAUCAAGAGGGUUGGCUUUGAAGGAGAAGGAUUGGCUAUCUAAGCAGCAAAAGCCUCCACUGCUUAUACAGGCGCACCAGAUCAAAGACGUCAUAAUACCAAACUGUUAUGGAUUACGACCAGAGUUUAUCAAGGCCCUUAAUCUUUCCCCAGAAAGUCGGGCGCUCGAUGCGCUGAGAGUGGGCGAGAAGCUUUUACGCAUUGAGAAUGCGCUGGGAGUGCCUGGCAUUUCACUGGUACUACUACCCGCUAUCACCAAAUUUUGGCAUCUACAUGAUGAUGAGCUACUGCAUCUCAUUGAAGCUCUUCAAAGUAAACCGCAUAGGCACAUUGUCAUACUUGCAAACGAACUAAACCUCUGGGAGUGGGUGGGGCGAUACCAAAAGUGGCAUGAAAAGCAUACUGGUGAGAUCCCUUAUACCUGA